AUGACCUGGCAGCCAAGCCAGGAGUCCUUGAGCCAGCUCGCUGUCUGUCUCAAGGACUCCCUGAGCGGCUUCGACAAGAAUGCGCGCAAACAGGCUGAAGAUAUGCUCACGCAGGCCAAGGCCUCGCCCGAUAUCAACAACUACCUCGCCUACCUCUUCUCCAGCGCCGAAGCCCCGGCUGGCGUCCCCUUCAACUCCAUGGAGUACCACCUCGUACGAUCCGCCGCCGCCAUCAUGCUCAAGAACAACGCUCGCUCCCAGUACAAGCAAAUCCCUGAGAGCAGCAUGUCCCUCAUCAAAUUGGCCAUUCCCAUGGGAAUUCAGGACAAGAACCCGCAGAUCCGAAGCUACGCUGGCAACAUUGCGACGGAAAUCAUCAAGAACGGCGGUCUCCUGAGCUGGCCUGAGCUACUGCCCCAGCUCCUGAGUCUGUUGUCGAACGAGUCCGGUCAGGUCCCUGCCGAGGCCCAAGAGGGCGCCAUGCACGCCAUGGCCAAGAUCUGCGAGGACAAUGUGAAGCUCCUGGAUCGCGAAGUCAACGGCCAAAGGCCUCUGACUUUCCUCAUGCCCAAGUUCAUCGAGGCCACCAAGAACUCUCUGCCCAAGGUCCGCGCCCAGGCUCUCAGUGCUAUUAAUGUCUUCAUCCCCCGCAAAUCGCAGGCCAUGCUCAACAACAUUGAUGAUCUGCUAUCUCACCUCUUCACGCUGGCCACGGACGACAACCCCGAUGUGCGUCGCCAGGUGUGCCACGCCUUCGUCCAGCUCGUGGAAGCUCGUCCCGACAAGCUGCAACCCCACAUUAGCGGACUGGUAGACUACAUCAUCUCGCAGCAAAAGAGUGACGACGAGGAGCUGGCCAGCGAGGCUGCCGAAUUUUGGUUGGCCGUCGGCGAGCAUCACGAUCUAUGGCAAUCGCUCUCGCCGUACCUCGACAAGAUCAUCCCGGUCCUGCUGGACUGCAUGGUCUACAGUGGAGAGGAUAUUGCACUCCUUGGUGGCGCAUCAGACGACGAGGACGAGGAGGAUCGCGAGGAAGAUAUCAAGCCGACGUUUGCCAGAAAGUCUGCUGGCAGACAGGCCAACGGACCCGAUGCUUCGGCCGACCCAGGACAAAACGGAAAUGCGUACGAGAAACUGGCCGACAUGGAGGACGACGAUUUGGAAGACGGCGAGAUCGACGAGCUCGAGGAUGGCGACGAGGAUCCCGAGGGCAAGUGGACGAUUCGCAAGUGCUCUGCCGCAGCUCUCGACGUUUUCUCGAGGGAUUUCCAGGACCCCGUGUUCACGGCCAUUCUCCCGUAUCUGACGAAGAACCUGAAGCACGAGGAUUGGCAGUACAGAGAAGCUGCCGUACUGGCGCUCGGCGCCGUUGCCGAGGGAGCUAGUCGAGCUGUCACACCUCAUCUUCCCGAGUUGAUACCCUUCCUGUUGACGUCGCUGGAGGAUCCUGAACCCAUCGUCAGGCAAAUCACCUGUUGGACGCUGGGUCGCUACUCGCAUUGGGCGGCCGGUUUGACAGACCCAGCGCAAAAGGCUGCAUACUUCGAGCCCCUGAUGGACGGCAUUCUGCGCAAGAUGCUCGACAAGAACAAGAAGGUUCAGGAGGCAGCGGCUUCCGCCUUUGCGAACCUAGAGGACCAGUCCGGCAAGGUACUUCAGCCAUAUGUUGUACCGAUUCUGCAACAGUUUGUCCGCUGCUUUGCGCGCUACAAGGACAGGAACAUGUACAUCUUGUAUGAUUGCGUGCAAACGCUCGCCGAGCAGAUUGGACCCUUUAUGGCGCAGCCCGAGAUUGUCAACAUCUUCAUGCCGUCGCUGAUCGAGCGUUAUCAAAAGGUCAAUGAUCAGUCGCGCGAGCUGUUCCCGCUGCUCGAGUGCCUGUCCUACGUUGCCAUGGCGCUCAAUGACUCUUUUGCGCCCUACGCCCAACCUAUCUUUGGUCGUUGCGUCAACAUUAUUCACAUGAAUCUCGAACAGAGCAUGGCGGCGAAUAACAACGCGGCUGUCGAGUCGCCCGACAAGGACUUCCUCGUCACAAGCCUCGACCUUCUGAGCGCCAUCGUCCAAGCGCUCGAGAGCCAAAAGUCGCAAGAGCUUGUUAGCAACGCAGAUGCUUCAUUCUUCGAGCUUCUCGGCUUCUGCCUCGAGGAUCCGCAGGACGACGUCCGCCAGUCUGCGUACGCCCUCCUCGGUGACUGCGCCAAGUACGUCUUCCCGGCUCUGGAGAAGCACCUCGGCACUAUUAUGCCCAUUCUCCUGCAGCAGCUUGACCUUGACAGCAUCCUUGACGAGGAGAUCGACAGCGGCUUCAGCGUUGUCAACAAUGCCUGCUGGUCGGCUGGCGAGAUUAUCAUGCACAACACCAAGGACAUCUCUACUUACGUUCCCGAACUCCUCCAGCGUCUCGUUGACAUUGUCUCCAAUCCGGCCGUCUCGCACGCCGUCACGGAGAACGCCGCCAUCACGAUUGGUCGCCUCGGCCUGCACCACAACGGGCAGCUCGCCGGCAUGCUGCCCAACUUUGCCGAGGACUUUCUCACCUCCAUGGAGACGGUCGAGACGUCCGAGGAGAAGGCCACGGCGUUCAAGGGCUUCACGCUUGUCGUGGCGCAGAACCCGCAGGCCAUGGAGAAGGCGCUGCCACAGUUCUUCGUGGCAAUUGCGAGGUACAGAGACCUGAAGCUGGAGAACCCGACCAAGCAGGAGCUACACCAUCUCUUUCAAAAUAUCCUCAACGUCUACCGUCAAAUGAUCCCCAACUUUGCGGACUUCAUCGGCCAGAUGCAGCCACAGGACCAGCAGGCCCUCAAGGCGAACUACUCAUUAUGA